UUUUGCCAUGGGGUCUCUGUUCCUUCUGUCGCUGCUGCUUUUGCUGGUGGCAGACAACCCGGGAGGUGGGAGCCCACGGGGGCGAAAUUCUGAGGAGCGGGUGCAAGGCUCCAGCCCUCCUACACCCUCGGGGACCUCGGCACCGUUCUGGAUAGGCAUAAGCCCAGAGUUAGUGGCCGUUCCUCCGGGGAGCUCAGUGUGGCUCAACUGCAGUAACAACUGUCCCCUGCCCGAGGGUUCAAGACUCUACACCCAGCUGCAGCGAGGCAAGACGCUGAGUGGGCCUGGUUGGGUAUACUACCAGCUGCUCAACGUGAGGGCCUGGAGCUCCGACGUGUACUGCUCUGUCACCUGCGCGGGGAAAACGCUCACGGCCACCGCCAGGAUCAACACCUACAAACGGCCGCACAGCGUGGUCCUGGAGCCUCCGGUCUUAGAGGGCAAUGAGUACACUCUGCGCUGCCACGUGACACACGUGUUCCCCGUGGGCUUGUUGGUGGUGACCUUGAGGAGCGGUGACAAGGUCAUCUAUUCCGAAAGCCUGGAGCGCUACACGGACCUGCAUCUGGCGAAUGUGACGCUGACCCACGUGUUGCGGGCUAGGCCCUGCAACCUCUGGCAGCCAGUGACCUGCCACGCGCGCCUCAGUCUCGACGGCCUGGUGGUCCGCAGCAACUCGGCACCUGUUAUGCUGACGCCCGGUGAGGUACCCCUGUAA